GUGUUUUCUACAGUGAAGCCCCAGGAGCAAACCUCUGCCUGCCCUUUUCAGUCACUCAGACGAGUCUUUCAGGUUGGCCGUAUGAGAGCCUGUGGGUGUCAACCAUGACUGCAGUCAAGAACACUAUGCCAGAAAAAGGACAGUGCAGCCGCAUAUUUCCUCCCCAGCUUGGCACACUGGAGAUCAUUCAUGGCAAUGGCACCACUGUGGGGACGGUCAUCGCCUUCCAGUGCUCAGCCGAGCACCAGCUGGAGGGGCCGGGCGUCAUCACCUGUGUGUGGAAAGGGAACGGGACCCAGUGGACAGCGGGCGUGCCCUCCUGCAAGCCCAUAUCAAAAUAUGAGACUUUUGGAUUUAAGGUCGCAGUGAUUGCCUCCAUCGUGAGCUGUGCCAUCAUUCUGCUGAUGUCUAUGGCUUUUUUAACCUGUUGUCUCAUCAAGUGUGUGAAGAAAAAUGAAAGGAGGAGGACUGAAAGAGAUAUGCAGCUGUGGUACCAGCUCAGAACUGAAGAACUAGAGAACAUGCAAGCUGCUUACUUUGGUUAUAAAGGAAGAAAUAACAACAACAACAACAAGAAACUCAGGAAUAAAUCUGUAUUUGAUGAUGUGACUAACAUGGCAUAUGAUAACCAAGGCUUCUACAGAUUCCAGGAGGAGUGGACUCGGGGCAUCGCGGCCCCAGGGCGUAGCAAAGACAACGUUCAGCUGCACCAGUUCAACAGCAGCAGCACACCUGCGAGACAGGUGGUACCAGGACACAGUGCUGCAGGACACGCAGUGAAUCCAAUACACGUGGUUGAAGUGUACGGACACAAGGAUAGAUUCAACAAACUUAGCUGUCAGAUACCUGGAUAGCUGCUGUCUGAAAUACACUUGCUUCUCUGGACCAAAAUGAAAUUUGGAUAGAAAUAACGUGCCUUAAAGACAACACAGAAAGCUAACUACUCAUUUGAAUCUGGAAGUUUUAUAUACUCCAAGAUGGUUAUUUAACGGAAAUACUUCAAGGUUUGAUAUAACUAAAAUAAUGAAUGUUGAGGCUGGCAGUCAGCAGCCAUCCUCUGCAGUGUGCUGUGUAUUGUGACAAUGGCAAAAGCAUCAUAUCAUUCUUCUGUACCUCUAGAGAGAAAUGGUAGCCGGUUUGUAUCUUUGCCUCAUACAAAGUCACUGACGAUAAUUACACAUGAAAUUACAACCUUCUUUUAACCUGUGUUUUUUGUAAACAUUUCAGAAAGAAAAAUCCCCCAUAUUUUUACACAAUAGUAUGUUAGAACUACAAUAAAAUGUUGUUUUUAAUUAAAA